GCUUGAAAUUUCCACUUGCCUGCUCGCCAAUGGCGAGUGGAAAUUAUGGUGGGGGCGAGUGUGUCCCCCAGGGCCGUCUUGCUGAGCAGGCUCGGAGCUCAGGCCGGAUCUGUCAUUGGCACUGGGAGCCGUCAGACUGCUCAAUAGCUGAGCGCAGUGGAAGCAAAGCAAGGAAUGUGUGCUGUGCUCUCUGCCUCCCCCUAGAGUGCAGUACCCAGAUCUGUGAGUGAACAAUGAAGUACUGCAACUUUUUAUGGGGGGGGGGGGGUGUACGUGUACAUGUGUGUGUCUGUGUAUACAUGUACAAUUGUACAUGUGUCUGUGUAUGUACAUGUGUGUAUCUGUACGUGUGUGCAUGUACAUGUGUGUGUCUGUGUGUAUGUAAGUGUGUGCAUGUACAUGUGUGUGUAUGUACGUACAUGCAUCUGUGUGCAGUUUGCCUGUGUAUGUAUGUACAUGUGUCUGUGCGUGUGUAUUUCUGUGUAUGUAUAUGUUUCUUACGGUCCUGUGUGUGUAUACAUGUGUCUCUGUGCAUGUGUGUGUGUACAUGUGUCUCUGUGCAUGUGUGUGUGUAUGUACAUGUCUGUGUGUGUUCAGGUGUCUGUUUGUGUGUUUGUUGG